AUGCCCAAGCUGUCGCUUGCCGUGUCGCGCCGGGCACCCGGGGAGGGGGAGCGCAGGCUGGUGCGCAAGAUUGAUUUUUUCAUCCUCACCUUUUGCUGUCUGAGUUACUUUCUUAAUUAUCUCGACCGCUCCAACGUGUCCAAUGCCUACGUGUCGGGGAUGAAGGAGGACGUCGGCUUUGAGGGCGACCAGCUGAACCAGAUCAACACGUGUCUCACCGUGGGCUAUGUCAUCGGGCAGAUCCCGUCCAACCUCGUCCUCAACUAUGUCAAGCCGCGGUUCUUCUUCCCGGCCAUGAUGGCGGUGUGGGCGUGCCUGACCAUGCUUACGGCGUCGGCACGCUCCCCCCAAGCCGUCAUGGCCAUCCGCUUCUUCCAGGGCAUCGCCGAGUCGAGCACGUUCCGGCAUCUUCACGGCCUCAUCACCCUGCCCGUCGCCCUCUACGGCCUACUGCUGUUCCCCGACACCCCCGCCACCACCGCCGCCUACUACCUGGCCCCCGCCGAGCGCGCCCUCGCCGUCUCGCGCCUGCCGCCCGCCGACCAAGCCUCGGCCAAGGCCGCCGUCUUCUCGUGGGCCUUUGUCCGCUCCGUCCUGUCCUCCUGGGAAUGGUGGGGCUUCGUCGUGCUGUGGAUCAUCGCCGGCGAGACCGAGUCCUUCUCGUCUAACUCCCUACUAGCGCUCUACAUGAAAAACUCACCCACCACCACGUACUCGAUCGCGCAGCUCAACAACUACCCCACCGGCGUGCCAGCUGUCGGCAUCGUCUCGACCCUGUUCUGGGCCACGCUGACCGACGCCGCCCGCGGCAAGCGCUACCUGGUCGGGUACUUCAUCGCCGCCACGGGCGUGGCCACCAGCGCCAUGGUGCUCGCCGCCGAGUCACGCAACCCCGGCACCGCCCGGUCGGAGGCUGUCGUGUUCGCCGCCUACUACUGGGCCGGCGCCGUCUACGCGUGCCAGGCCACCUUCUUCGCCUGGGCCAACGACGCCAUGCGCGCCCGCGAGCCCGUGUUUCGCGCCGUUGUGCUAGCUGGCAUGAAUCUGGGGAGUAACUCCGUCAAUGCCUGGUGGAGCAUCGUCUUCUACGGCGCGUCCAUGGCACCGUGGUUUACGCGCGGCAUGUACGCCAUGAUCGCCGUGUCGGUGGCGCUCGGAGUGUGGACCGCCGGGCUGGUGUGGGUGUCGGGCGGGGCCGAGGCGAAAUCCGCUGCUGCCAGUGGCGACGGCCGGCACGAGAGGGAGAGCGAUGCCGACGUGCCGUUCCGCGAGGCGCGGGGCCACAAGCGAGAGCAGUCAUCUGUCUAA